GCCAUCACACCGGAUGUGAACAUGCUUACUUGCGCCCGCUUCCCAGCCUGCUUUACCCGGGAGCUCGCUUUGUGAAAAAAGCGAGAAUCCGUGCCGAGCCGUGCCAACUUCUCCGAUCCGUUCUGCGGCUUCUACAGCUGCGGAAACGGGAAGGGGAAAAGGCCGUCUUUCUCCCCCCUUCGCCUUCCCAAUGAAGUAAAGCGUUAGGCUUCCCAGCACCAAUAAAUUGAACCAAGCCAAGCCCGUUCUAGCCCCAGAAGGGCUUCUCUGCGGGGGUCGAGCAAUAGCCGCCUCGUCCGUCGCUCCAUGGCUUUCCGCGCGCCUUCGUUCUCUGGGGCUUCGAUUCUGCCCUUCGAUUCUUAGCGGGGAGGUAGGCGCGGUGGAGGAACUGAGCGCCGAGCAAGCAUGGAUUUUCGAGGGAAGAAGUACGAGCGGGGCACCAACUGGUCAGACCCUGAGGUGGUGGAGCUUCUGCACCUGUGGGCUGACGAAUCGGUGCAGGCGGAGCUGGAGAGCUGCCUGCGGAACCAGCACGUCUUCAACCGGAUCGCCGAGGUGCUGCGCGAGAAGGGCAUCCACCGCACCGGCGACCAGUGCCGGGAGAAGAUCAAGAAAAUGAAGCUGGAGUACCGCCGGCUCAAGGACAACAACAAGGCUCCGCGCCGGGGCCGGACGAGGAAGUUCUACGAGGUGANGGACCGCGUCCUGGCCAGCCGGCCUCCGCUCGCCUACAGCGCCGCCGGCAACGGCAGCGGCGGCGGCUACGUGUUGGCGCAGCAAGGGCUCCCUGGCGGGGGGGUAGAGAGCUUCCACCCCCCCUUGGGCCCCUCUUCGGCGCUGGCCUUCCCGCCCGCUCAGCCCCCGGAGCUGAUGGAGAUCAAAUGCGAGGAGGUGGAUUCAGAGGACCAGUGCUUGACGCCUGAGCCUCUGCCUUCUCUCACCUACCAGCCGGGGGGCUCUGCUGAGGAGCACGAGAUAGACAGGGCCUUCCUGGAGAGGUCCCAGAAUGACUCUCCCAUCUCCAGGGUGGAGAUCCCCAUUGAGACCACUGUCUCCCUUUCAGGUUUCAGUGAACCCAAUGCAGCUUCUUCAUCUCGGCUCCAAAGUCUAGGGCCCUGGUCUGGUUUUUCUACUUUGCACCGCUUGCGGAAGAAAAGGAAAGGCCAGCGGCUGAAAGACCCUGUGGAUGCUCUGCUGUUGAAGACUUUAACUGCACAGCGGGAAAUGGAGGAGCGCUUUCUGCAGAUGGAGGAACGCCGGCUCCAGCGAGACUUGGAGGCAGAAGAGCGCCGAAUCCAGCUGGAGCAGCGACGCUUUGAACUGGAACGGGAUCAUGAUUUCCGUAUGUUCAACGUCUUUGCCCAAAUGCUGAGCAUCUUGAGGCAGGGCAAUCAGGGCUCUUCUGUAACCGGAGUGGCUCCGAAUGUGGACCUUAACCAGGCAUUUUCCAAUGCCACGGAAAUAGGAGAACGGAUGUCAGAAGAAGCCAAGGCCCUCCAUUUAGGGCAAACCAGAUCGGACAGGAUAGCCAGUGUGCAUGGUUCCUGCUACCGAGCUGAUUUUCAAAGCAGCCCUUACCUCUCUGUCCGAGGCAAUAGUGCGAGUAUUGUUUGGACCUCCUCAGAAGAGGGGUACGAGGUCUACCAUGCUGACAAGUAUGAUGAGGACAAAAACCCCAGUGGUAUCAUUAAUUUGGGUACCAGUGAGAACAAACUCUGCUUUGAUCUAAUGUCCAAAAAGCUGACACAAAGCAGCAUGAACCUCAUAGAGCCGUCCCUGCUGCAGUAUCCUGACUGGAAGGGCCAUUUGUUUGUGCGAGAGGAAGUGGCUCGAUUUUUGACCUAUUACAGCAAAGCAGCUGCACCUCUCAAAGCAGAAAAUGUGAUUCUGCUGAAUGGCUGCGGAUCUUUGUUUUCUGCCUUGGCUAUGGUUCUCUGUGACCCAGACGAAGCGUUCCUGAUUGCUACUCCUUUCUAUGGAGGAAUCAGUAGAAAUGUGUCCCUGUGUGGCAAUGUCAAGUUGGUUUAUGCCUAUUUAGAUAGCCAGGUCACUGGCAGUUGCACCCGUCCAUUCCAGCUUACGGUGGAUAAGCUAAAAAAGGCCUUGCAGGAUGCACAAUCAGAGGGUGUCAAGGUAAGGGGUUUAAUUCUCCUGAAUCCACAAAAUCCCUUGGGGGAUAUCUAUUCUCUCUCAGAGUUACAAGACUACUUGGAAUUUGCAAAAAGACAUGAGUUGCAUGUGAUUGUUGAUGAGAUCUAUAUGCUGUCAGUUUUUGAUGAUUCUGCCACAUUUCACAGUGUGCUGGAAAUGGACAGAUUGCCUGAUCCACAACGUACCCAUGUAAUAUGGGGGGUUAGUAAGGAUUUUGCUGCCUCUGGAAUCCGGUUUGGUACCUUGUACACGCUAAACCAAGAUGUUAUCAAGGGUGUGGCUUCUUUUGGUUACCUUCAUGGUAUCUGUGGGCCUAUGCAAUACAAAAUUGCCCAGCUACUCAGAGACAGAGAUUGGAUCAACCAAGUAUACUUACGGGCCAACCAUGAGAGACUGAAAGCUGCGCACACUUUUGUGACAGAUGAACUCAAAACCCUUGGUGUUCCCUUCCUCAACCGCAGUGCAGGUUUUUUUAUAUGGAUUGACUUCCGAAAGUAUUUAAGAAAAGGAACAUUUGAAGAGGAAAUGAUACUCUGGAGGCGCUUCCUGGAGAAAAAGGUCUUACUCUCUCCUGGUAACUCAUUUGAGUGCAAUGAGCCUGGCUGGUUCCGCAUCAUCUUUGCUGACAAGAUACAUCGGCUGCGGCUUGGGAUGCAGAGAAUCUGUGAAGUACUAGAAGAACAGGAGCAUGAAAUCCUGAAUGAAGAUAAAGAUCAGUUGUGUCAGUCUGAAUCGGAAGCCACAGUAGACAGCACAGAUGAAGUGAUCUUUGUGUCUCACCACCAGGAACCAACUUCCUCUGGGAGUUCCACCCUUGGUGACCUGAUUGGUCUCCUUCAGCAACAAAUGCGCUCAUCUGAUUGGUUGCAGAAGAAUACAGUGGGGCAGUUUGCACAAGAGAAACCAGAAGUCUAUGAUGUUUUCAGCAAGUUAGUGGGAAAACAAUAGAGAGCACUGGUGUGUUCCUGCAGGGGCUAUCAAUCAAGAUUUUGUCUUUUAAAUUACUUACUGCUAUUUUUUCUAUUUAGUAGGAAACCAUUUUUUUUUUUUUUAGCUUUCUUCUCGUUAUUAUGAUGGAUAGGGCCCAACUAGCAAGGAUUGGGUUUUCUGCAGUCUCUAAACUCUGUAUUGUCUUUUUGUUUUUAAUUAGUAGACUUGUGUUCUGUUAAGCAGAAAGCAGUGGUGCUCUUCUGGUUUCAUCUUUUUCUGAGGGAAAGGUUUUUUCCAUUGAAUAGAUUGUUUUUAAAAAAUUGCCAUGUCUUCAGCUGAAACCCAAAAUAUAGCUAACUUGGAUCUAAAUUAAGCAUUUUGUAAACCACUUUAGGAAAAAAAAAUAGAGACAGAUUUAAAUGUAUUUUUACACAGAUAAAGAAAGUCAUGUCUGGAUCUUAUCUGUUCCAUUGUGAAUAGAUUUACUAAUGAAGUUCAGGAUUCUCAAGACCAGAAUAGAUGUCACAGUUCCUGUCUCUUCACUCAAUUGAAGAGAUCAGGAGGAGACCCUAGAUUCACAUAUUCCUUGUAGUUCUUCUCCUCGCAAAUGUGAGUGGUAAUUGCAUCCUUUCCAAAUGACUAAUUGUUAUGUCUGACAUUAACUACGGUUAGCUGUACUAAAUGCUAACUUUUAACUAGGAUUUAAAGUGGAGUUAAGCAUAUUUUUCAGUUAGGGAGUAUGCAUACUUUGUCUUCUUUAAAAAAAUGGCCUUUGGGAUCACAAAAAGCAUGGAAGUGAUAUAGUAGUAUCACCAGAAAGGGCAGGGCAAAAAGUAUUUAACUGUGGCAAAUUAACUGUGGCACAAUAUUGCCAGACUCUAGAAGCUGCAGAAAUGGGUCUCAGGACACACAUGUGGGCUACAAGUUGCCACAUCUGAUUUAAAGCAAGUAUGCAGAAGCUGUCGCCUUCCAAAGCCUUGGUGCACCUUCCAAAGUUGUAAAUUUUAGUGGUACAAUUAAAGCUUUCACAAGGAAAUGGGACAUGAAGUUCUGAAAUCAAUUUGGAUUUUUUUAGCAGACUGACACUGUUACAUCUGCAUUGAUCGGGAAAACUUCAGAGUCAACACAAAACCCUAAAUUCUGUAAUAGUUUGAAGAAUUCAACCCUGGGAUUAAUCAAAGAUGGCCAGUCCGCUUCUUUUUAUAGCUUGGAUCUAUCUCUGAAAUAAAAUAAUCCAUUGGUCUUUCAUCAGUCCUGAAACAAAAGAACAUCCUUUCACAGCAUAAAGAGAAAUGUUGAUCUAUAAUAAACUUUGCUGUAAGAUGCCCUUUUAAAAGUUCUGUGGUAGGAUUGUCCCAUUAAUGGACAGGGACCUAAUUUAACUGGCUGUGUUGUAAAUAAGUGGAAAAUGCAGCAUCACAUGAAAAGAAAUGGACCUUAAAUAAGGGUUUGCAGAUCAACACAUUCUGAAGAAUACUGGUUGUUUCUUAAAUUGUUUUUCAGAAUAAGAUGAUUUUUAUCCAGCAGGAGGAAGAGAAAGAGAAAAUAACCUCUCUAAGAUUCAAUGUAUUGUCGAAGGCUUUCACGGCCGGCAUACGA